UCCUACAGUACUCUCUCAAACACACAGAUGAGUUUAUGAUUAGAGAGCCUGGAGAUGAACUACUCUGUGAUUAUACUGAUUCUAACUGGAACCGUUUUCACCUCGGCACAACUUCAACAUGAAUUGAUGGCUACCUAUGGAUGCUUUGACUCAGGUGAUCUUGAGGUGGUGGUGGUGAUGGAUGGGGAUGAAAUCGGCUAUGCUAAUUUCAAGGAAGGAAAGGGGGUGUGGACGGUGCCUAAUGUUCCACCGUCGCCAGCUAUAACAAACCAUUCAUCGACAUUUUAUAAAUAUGCUAUACUGUCUCAAAUGUGGUGCAAGCAACGUAUGGGAUGGGGAGAACGUGCAGUACCCAGCAUACCACAAGUCAAAGAUGCCCCUGAGAGCACCAUCUACCCCAGGGAUGAGGAGGAGUUGGGGGUGGAGAACACGCUCAUCUGCUUUCUGAAUUAUUUCUACCCCCCGCCUGUCAAAGUCAAUUGGACCAAGAAUAGCCUGGAGGUGACUGAGGGAGCGUAUCUCAGUCGGUACUAUCCUAAUAAAGAUGGAACGUUCCACCAGUUCUCCACCCUGAGUUUCACCCCACAGGAGGGGGACGUCUACGCCUGCACUGUGGAGCACACGGCCCUGAAGGACCCCAAAACCAGGUUCUGGGAGCCUGAGGUCAGUGAGGUGAGUGGGUCCAGUGCUGGUCCUGCUGUAUUCUGUGGAGUGGGUCUGACUCUGGGGCUGCUGGGGGUGGCUACCGGAACAUUCCUCAUCAUCAAAGGAAACCAGUGCAAUUGAGAACCAGAGAUACAGAAUAGAGGUGAAAGUGACAUGGUAAAGGGCUGACAUGGGGGUAAUGUGGGUAAUGUGGGUAAUGUAGAUAAUGGGGUAAUGUGGAUAAUGUGAGUAAUAUCGGUAAUGAGGGUAAUGUGUAGUCCAGGGUUGUCAGCACUAUCACUCGAUUAGGCACCAGCGCAACAUUUUAUUUUUGGUUGUUUGUUUGAUAUUCCCACAAAAUUCAGUGGGGUAGGCCAGAGUGGGGCUUAAACCCAGAUCCAGUGACUGUCAGGCCAAAAUUGUAUCCUCUUGAUGGGGUUGCCUGGUGUUGAGUUAAGUUCGCUACAAAAUGUUUUAUUGUAAAGUGUAUUAGAAAAUGUGAAUGCUCUUUACAUAAAGUUUGGGUAACGCUGUACAGUGUCAUUAUUAUUAUAACAGGGUAUUUACAUCUGUAAAUUGUAUUGUAAUAAAUGGUAAUAACUCCUUGUUUCACUGUACUGACAUCAUGGAAAACAUUCACAAUUACAGAGGUGUAACGAUGAAUGCUUGUUACAAAUGUGCUAGUUUCCACUAAACUGUCGAACUUUACAUUGCUUUUUGUUGUCAGCUGCAUCCAUUAAAGGCAAUAUGUUGUAGUGACACAGUAAACAGCUGCAAAAUAACAUGUACCUACCUGCUGGAAACAUAUGACGCUGUUCAUCAGCUGCACAGGAGUGGUUGGAGUUUUAACUUGCUGCCAAUGUCUCUUUUAAAAUCAGUUUCCUCAUUCAGUUUCCUCAUUACUAGCUCAUAAUAUAUCUGUUUUAACUCUGAGAUGUAAACAUGUCUGUGCUGAAUUUCUCCUCCAUACACCUGGUGCUCCUGCAGUGAAUUCAGUGGGUUAGCCCAGAGUGGGGCCAAACCCAGGUCCAGCGACCAUCAGCCCAACACUUUAGAUUCUCAAGGUUGUUCAGUGUUGAGUUAAUGUCGCUACAAUAUUUAAUAUUAUAAAGUUAAUAAAAAAUGGGAAUGCACUUUAAAUAAAGUUUGGGUAACGCUGUA